AUGAAGACUACCGUUCCAAACAUUCUCGCUAUCAUCCUUGUUUGGGCGACGGCUGUCUUCGCUCUAGCCACGGUCCGCAAUGAUCUGCAGCCACUUGUAGCUCGUCUCGACUCAGCCCACAGCAUCACUGCUCGUGACCAAGACUCCGCCAAUGUCGACGAGCUUCUAGACAUCAACCGCAGCCAAGACGUUCCGCGAGUUAUACCUGACCAGACUGUCGACGCGGACAUUCCAUAUGAGACCUUCCCCGCUUCCGGAAACUCCACUGACAUCCAUACCCUCGGAGGAGAUGGCGCCAACUGUAGAGGUAGCUCGCAGUGCAAAUAUUGCAGGGCGAGUCUUGACCAAAUCCUUGAGACUCUUCACAAGGUUCCCGAUGAAGUCACAUUCAACAAUGACGAGAAGAUUGCGUGCCAAGUGUGCAAUCAUCUAUACUUCCAGGGCAUGUGUAUCUUCGCCCGAAACCUUCAUAUGUCGAUCAACGCAAAGGAUGUCAAAAAAAUAGUUCAGCGACUCAGAGACCAUACGUGCGGACGAUGCGGAAGCGUUCCCAUUCGUGAGGGCGCAAGUCUCGAACAAGGUAUGAUCACGGCCAACUACAUGAACCGGGCUUGUGCCGGAGAAGGACAUGAGCGGGCUAGGGGUUGCCCGAAACGCGAGGAGUGGGUUCCAAUCCCCUUCUGA